GCCGUUUUCCUCUUCUGACGCGGCAAGGUCGUAGCCGCGAACGCGCAUGACACACACACUCCCUCAAACACAGACGCGUUCUCUCCGCUUUCCUCUCCCCAGACAUUUCCUGUUACACAGGUGCUAGCGACGCGGCUGUAGGCAGGCCGCCGCAGCAGCAAACGCCGCGAGCAGCUUGCGAAGUCCGCCGAGCGCGCGCGCACGCGACUAUGGCGUCGACGCCGCCGUUCGCAGUACGUCUACGCUGAAUCUAGAUUUUCCCCGUCGGAUUUUGAUGGUGUCGCUCGUGUAGGAGGACGUCCCUCGUUCAGGGCUAGCGCUGAUAAGGAUCCAGAUAAGACAUGUCCUGAAGCCAAACGCAGGAACUCACAAGGUGCAUCAAUCCCGACAGACCCGAGUUCACACAACGCCGAGAUGUCGCUCCUCUUUCUAGUCACCGCGAUUGUGGCGCUCACGCUGCUCCAGUCGAGUCCACAUUGCCACGCCACCAACGUGCUGUGCGCCUCUUGUGAUUGCAAGCCGUCCCUGGAGAAAGAGAGCUCCGUGGACGUCGACUGCUCCCGAAAGGGGAACAAAAUGGUACCUGCUGGCAGCCAAUGGCCGCACAACCUGUACAAGUUUGACCUGAGUCACAACUUCAUCGACCACGUCACCACGCUGGAGCCCUCUAACGUUAGCGUGUUGGACUUGCAUAACAAUUACAUCGGCGUGAUCGAGCCCGGGGUAUUCUCCGUGUUCCAAAACCUCCAAGUCCUGGACCUGAGUCAGAACAGGCUUUCUAGUCUCCACAUGGACACCUUCAAGGGUCUUGCCAACCUCAAGUCCCUCAACAUCAGCCGCAACAGCAUACGAACCUUGCCAGCGGAACUCUUCAAUCCUCUAGUCGCCCUGGAGCAGCUCCGGAUCAGCCACAAUCCGCUGAGGUACAUCGAGAGAUCCUUCUUCACGAACCUUGCAAAGCUUGAGGUUCUCGAGAUGAGCAGCGUGGACGCACAUUCUUUGCCAGACGGAGUCUUCCACACCAUGCCAAGCCUGGUGUACCUGGACCUCUCUGAGAACUCCUUCGACGAAGUUCCGUCCAGCGCUUUACGGAGCGCGGAAACGCUCAAGGUCCUCGUCAUCUCGGACAACCCGAUCAGAGUCCUCAACUACAGGUCUUUCUACAAAAUGUCCAACAUUGAGGAACUCUAUAUCGAGAACAUGAAGGAACUUGUCUCCGUGGAAGGGGAUACCUUCGAGUGCCAGAAGAAGAUGAGAGUCCUCUAUUUGGACAACAAUCCCAAGCUGACGGAACUGGACCUCGACAUCUUCGGCAUUUUCUGGCGGAUGGAGCCCCCUGCUAACUGGACCUUGAAGGAACUCUAUCUUCAGAAUAACAACAUCAAAUGGAUCGACAGUGACGUGGCACCUUGGAAGGAGCUUACCAUAUUGGACCUCCAGGGAAACCCUCUGGCAUGCGACUGCACCAACGCCUGGCUAAGAAAGAUUCCUCUACAGCCGGAGCUAACCGUUCGGCUUUGGUGCGGGAGCCCAGCCAACCACGAGAGGGAGCCGUUACUGGAAGCUCCCGAGGAGCUCUUCGUCUGCUCCAAUGUCAGCGAAAGAGACUCACAGACGAGUGCGCUGCGCACAGCAGUGUUCAUUGUCGGAACGCUAAGCCUCGUCGCCAUUCUUUUGUCCGCAAUCAUGCUGGUGAAGCGGAAAGCCCUGCACGAGCGAUUCCUGCGUCGAAAAGGCAGGAACGGAAGUGUCUACUAUGUGAAAGCCCACACCAAUCCCGUGGAGGACUACAACCAGAAUGCCUGAACGUUUGAUCGUGCUCCAAAGAUAUCGUGGACAAAUUGUGCGAGAAUAUGAGAGUAUGCCACAGAUCGGCGGACCUACUGUCUCAGCCAGAUCUAACUUCAUCACAACACUCCAGAGUGCCUUGUCCUAGCUGAAAUAUAUUUCACAACCUGGCUUCCACAAGAGUUAAGCCGAUUCGAAACCCUGUUUACGCUAGUAUAAAGAGAAGAUGUUAAGGCUCUAAGCAGCAAAGGCAAGUCACUGGGUGCGCAAGCUUCUUAGAGGGAGAUUGUCACUUUAGCUGCCGUGGCUAUGGGGUCAGCAAGUGAACCCGAGACGUCGAUUUCAGUUACCUGCUUGGCGUCUUCCAAUGGAGAUGUUCGCAAUGUUAUUACUUUCACCGUUAUUCACUCACAAAUUCCAAACAAGAGCGUCCGAUUUCGCAAGGCAACCGAUACGCUUAUACAGGUUCUACCAUUCAGCAGCAAGUUCCUUCCGCAUCAGGAGCAUCCGAUGCGUUGUCCCGUCAAAUUUAAACGUUGCUGUAAGGUUCAGGGAGCAGCGAAUUCUUACUAAAGAACAGCUCCCAUGCCAUGAUGUUGAUAGGGGACAGUUUGGUAGCUACUAAUUGUUGUGGAUGUCCUGAACUUGCAGACAUUUAGAAGCUUAUCAGAGCUGCACAAAGUCGGCUUUAGACAUGUACCGUCGGGUGCCUUUGAAAUAUACCGGAGGCAGCUACGUCAGGCGAUGCAGAGCAGGGCACAAAUCAUGCAGUCGCACAGUGCAGACAAACGGUUGUCGAGUAAACGUCGGCCCAAGAAAAUGACAAAGUAAAGAGUCAUGAAAGGGAUACGCUCAGUCAUGUUUCGAAGUUAAACAAAAAAAAAUGACCUCCCGCUUACCAGACUCAUGCUGAAAGCUGGAAUGAUGACUUCACUUAUUAAUGAUAUAAUGGCGAUAACAGAUUUUUAUGUUUCAGUAAGAACACACACACGGGGGGGGGGGGGGGUACAUUUCCAUAAAAUCAUUUUACUGCUUCCAAGAAAGUAAAGUACACAGUUUUUCAGCAACCUAUAUUUCCUACAAAAAAAUGUCCUUUUUAGAUUUGAGUAACUAUUUUAAUAAAGAAUAAUUUGUAUACAGACAGACACAUACUACCCUGCCCUUGGCCCUGCGGCUACAUCCGACUAAAAAUAGUGGAGUCAACGUCAUUUGAUUAAGAUCCAAUAGGGAGGGUCCUGGCUGAGGUAAUGGGUUAGGAAGCUUUAAGUUAUAUUUCAAAUACCAAGUAUUCAAGGCUCGCUGACAUCAAGUCAGUCACACCGGGUUUCAGAGUUUCGAGUUAAGCAUGCACUAUCAGGGUACGAAUCACUGGCACAGCACGUGUACGUAGUACGUGAGAUGAAUAAACGGAUUCAGAGCGA